GUGUUUGGAUGUCUCAGUGAAGCUGCAGCUGAAUAACUCAUGUUAUCUUCCUCUGACAGCCAUUGAGGGGUGUCGUCGUCCUAAAACAGGCAAUAGAUAAAAUGCAGAUGAACACAAACCAACUUACCUCAGUUCAUGCAGACCUGUGUCAGCUGUGCUUGUUAGCGAAGUGCUUCAAGCCCGCCCUGCCCUUUUUGGAGCUGGACAUGAUGGACAUCUGCAAGGAGAAUGGAGCCUACGACGCAAAGCACUUUUUAUGUUACUACUACUAUGGUGGCAUGAUUUACACGGGCCUGAAAAACUUUGAAAGAGCACUGUAUUUUUAUGAACAGGCAAUAACCACUCCAGCCAUGGCAGUGAGCCACAUCAUGUUGGAAGCCUAUAAGAAAUACAUCCUGGUGUCCCUCAUUCUCCACGGCAAAGUGCAGCAGCUGCCCAAAUACACCUCACAGAUAGUAGGAAGGUUCAUCAAGCCCCUGAGCAACGCAUAUCACGAGUUAGCUCAGGUUUACACCACCAACAACCCGGCCGAGCUGCGCAGCCUGGUCAGCAAACACAGCGAGACCUUCACACGAGACAACAACACAGGCCUGGUCAAACAGUGCCUCUCGUCCCUCUACAAGAAGAACAUCCAGAGGCUAACAAAGACCUUUCUGACGUUGUCUUUGCAAGAUAUGGCGAGUCGAGUGCAGCUUUCAGGUCCCCAGGAAGCAGAGAAAUACGUCUUACACAUGAUUGAAGAUGGUGAGAUCUAUGCUAGCAUUAACCAAAAGGAUGGUAUGGUCUGCUUCCACGACAACCCAGAAAAAUACAACAACCCAGCAAUGCUCCACAAAAUUGACCAAGAGAUGUUGAAAUGUAUAGAGCUGGAUGAGAAACUAAAGUCUAUGGAUCAGGAAAUCACAGUAGACCCACAAUUUGUGCAGAAGAGUAUGGGAUCGCAGGAGGAUGAUGUUGGUAGCAAAACAUCAAGUUAUUCCUGAGGGGCCUUGGACUGGGAGAAAACACUGCAGCCAACCAACACGUUCUUCCCAGGAUGAGUUGGAUUUUUUUUAAAGAGGAAAACAAACGUUCUGUUGCAUAAGGACAUUGGUCAAGGAAAAUCUAAUUGUGUGGAAUGAUGAUAAAUUUGGUUAUUCUUACUUCACGGUGUCUUAAGGAUAACAAAAGAUCCUUAUAGAAAAAGGAAAAAAAAAAAUUACAGUUUUGUCAGUGUUUUAUUUAUCAAUGUUCAGGUUGGAGCACCACUGCUACAUUGACAGAAACCACCACAAUAAAAACUGGACUUAUUUGUUCCAAACAUAUGUGUGAAUAAUCUCACUGUUUGUUUUGGUUCUACUGCAUGAUGGCCGUAACUGGAGGGCAUUACAAUGUGAGGUGAAACAUCUUUGGUUGACGAGAAAUAAAUCUGAUUAUAUUCUA